UUGACACAUCACAGUAUCUUCAAAUAGGUGAUUAAAAUACACUUGCAAUGCACUGAAAUAAAGGAACUAGCCUUGCAGAACUGGCAGAAAGCGGAAUUUCAACGCUGACCGCAAGCCAAAUGCAAGAGUAUGGUGGCGGUACAUCAAACAAAUCAGGAGAAUUCCGAGAUGGCGCAGAGCGUGGCCAAGAUGGUUUCCCCUCACAACAACAAUACGGAACCCAGAAGAAUUAUGGGUCUAACAGAGAUUUAUCAAAUCAAAAUAUAACGACGUACAGCAGAGUUGCAACCGGUAUCUAUGAAGUCACAGCAAGUCAGAAUUAUGAGAACCAAAACACCAGAUACAACCAACUUUCUGUACCAACGUUUAGUUCUCCACCUAAUUCACCAUUAAUUGGAUUAGUGUUUGACCCGACUGCACCAAACUACAGCGGAUCAAAUGUUAUGACCGAUCAUAUCAACGCUGACAGACGAAGUUCCUGGUCUUCUCACCAGGAGCCUAUCGGAACUGGAGCAAAGAAAAAGAUUGUCAAAAGUCAAGACAAGCGAAAUGCAUAUAGCGCUGACAAUCGGUACCAAGAAAGAUAUAAAGAUACGAGUACUGAAACUGAUCGACCCAGAAAUAGAGAAAGAAACUUGACAUCUGUAUCUACAUCUAGUUUAGAUUUUUUUACUGAAGGAGAGAGAAUGGUAUCAGAGCUUUGUAAUAUACCUGACCCAAAUUCUAGACACGACAUGAGUAACCAAAAAUCUAACCAAAAAAGGUCACCCAUUGAGGAAGAUAAAAAUAAAUCUACUGGAUUAUCUGAUGUUUUGUUGACAGCUUUGGAUAAAAUUGUAAUUCAUGACCAGAUUCCUAAUCAGAUUGUUCAAUUGGCAAUAGAAGCUUGCACCGAUGCUGAAAACAUAGCAAUUGCUCAUCAUAAUAGACCUUGCUUUAAAAAUAUUCACUCAAUAUGUGCCAAAACCAGAUCUAACGUACAGAAACCAGAUAGUGCAGUAGCAAACUUGCAUUCCCAAGGAAUACCAUGGGUGAUAAAAAAUUUCAUAUUUUCGUUUGUGAGAAUUUUAGAUGGUUGGAAAGGAGUGAAGGAGUUACUAAGUGAAAAACAUGACACGUUUUCGAGAAUCGAAAACAAAUACUACAGUCCAAAUAUCAGAGAGUGUUUUGUGCAAUGGCAGGCUGUUACGAAAGAAAUGCUCACGCAUAUUUACAAGACAUUUAAAUGUCUCGACCACGGAUUUACAAUGGAACAAAAAAGUUUUACACAUAAUUACUAUGCCACCAAUUCAGCAGCCCCUAGACAUCAAAACCAAAACAAAUUUCAACCAGCUAAAGCACAUGUUACUACUCCUAGACAUAUCAAUGCCUCUCCUCAACCAUACAGUGUAAUACAACCGCCGUGGAUACAAAACCAAUCUACAUCGGUGUCACAAAAUUAUAGUGACAGCCCAUGGUCAGCAAGAUCUCAUGUCACUUAUAAAAAAAAUCCAGUAGUACCAUCACAUUGUUCUCAAAAUUUCUAUCCCCUGAAUGAACACAAUGAAAUCGAAAACUUUCCAAAAGGUCAGUACAAAUGUGAGCCUUGUGUUAUUCGUGAAACAAAACCGCGACAAUCUUGGACGAUUACGAAUGUUCCUGAUUAUCGGAAUGUAGAAAGUGUUUGCCAUCCUGAUCAAAGGGAUAUAUAUACACAAUUAAAACAUAAGAUGGAUGCUGAAUUAGGUAAACCAUCCAGUCAAACAACUAUGGUAAAUAUGCCCUGCGACUUACUACAACGUCGGGAUAUGGAGCUCAAAGCUAAAAUGAUUCCUUUAAGUCAUGUUGAGAAGACAUUGAUACCUAGUAUGGCAUCGGCCGCUGAUAUGCGAAGUUGUUAUUUGCAAAAAAAUAACAGUUGUGGCGAUACUAAAGAAGAGACGGAGUUUUUUGCAGCGUGGGGUCAGAUAGUCCAAAAAGAAUCUAGUGAUUUUUUGACUCAUCAUAUUCACAAUAUUCAAGUACCAUCGAGUAUUGUGACGAUCUCUAAUAAUAUUUCUGGCCCCGUGCAAUUUAUUGACCUUGAAAAUGAUGAGUUCCAUGAAAUGUCUAAAGUAUAUAUGAAGCCUGGCAGUUAUAAAGUACCGAUAAAACCAGCAGAGCCAAUGAUACCGUUUACGCAAAGUGCAUCACAAGAUGUCGUUUACGACACUGACGACACGUCUUCUUUAAAAGUAAAAGAUCCAUUUUCACAAGUUACAUUAGCACCUCAGCCAAAGUAUAAUAUAGAAUCAUGGCCGUGUUUAAUGACCAGACGAGCUGAUGAAAUACUCAUAAACGACCAAAAAUCCUUAGCAAGACCUUCUGUGCCCGGCUUCCAUAUGCGAGGUAUUGAACCUCUGGAAAUAAUAACCUCUGAUCGAGCAUGGGAAGCAGCUAAACAGUCAGCCCCAAAAUUAAUGGAUUUUAUUCAUGAAGGAUCAAAGUCAGAUACUGCAAGGCUCUACGACGCAUUAGGAUUGACUGCUAAUGAAGAAUCUACCGAAGAGCCUAAAAAAUCAAAAUUUAAUAUUGAGCAAAGCGAUGCCUGGUCGGCGAUACUUUUGUCUAGUCAGUUUAUGUCAAAACAAACAUCGUCAAUGUGGGAUCAAACCUCAAGUAAUCAGGAGUGCAUGCAAAAUAAAAAUGACGACAGUGUUGAUUUAACAGACGAUAUAUUAAAACAUAAACCUGGCGACGAACAAAAUUCCACUGAAAUCGAAAAUCUAGCUGACAUAGAUGCUAGUAAAAAUGAUCAAAUUAAAAAAAACCCACGUUGUCCUAAUUUCGAUCAGACUGGGAAUUAUGUAAAAGAUGAAAAUCAAAAGAAAACUAGCGGAAAACCAAAAGUAGCUGUGUAUGGUACUUGGUAUCACCCUAAAAAGAAGAAACCUUUAACAAGCACAAUUGUUAAAAAGUUUGAAUCGGUAAUUUAUCAACUCUCUCAGUUAAAGGAAGCUGCUUUUAUCGAACACGAUAUGGAUAUCAAAGUGGCACCGAGAUUUUAUGAAGUUGUAAAGUAUCCAAUGUGUCUUAAUGAUAUUUCAACAAAGCUAAAGAAUUCCGCUUAUACCGAAUAUGAUCAAGUUGUUCAAGACUGUAGACGAAUUUUUAAUAAUGUCAGACUCUACCUCAAGACCUAUCCAGAUAUUGUUAUGAAGAAGAAUGUCAGCAAAGUAUCAAUUGAAUUUGAAAAGAUUUUAAGUGAAGAGUUUUCCAAUAAAUGUGACUUAAAAAAUAAACCGUGCGAUGCAAAUAAAAAGCCGGUCAAAGAAAAUGAAACACACAAAGCUGAAGCACAAAAGGAUGAAUUCAAAAAAGAUUCUAUACAACGUGAAAAGAACUACAAGUAAAUUCAUUCGU